CGUAAGAAAAGCUCGCAUCUUUGAUCAUCUUUCUCUUUACGCCCACCGGAAACCGCAUUCUGCAAGUGCCCUUUGCUCAUUCUUGGUUCACAUUCAAUUUGUAUCCUGUAAUUCCAUUGUAUUUGUUUUGUAAAGUUCCAAUCUUCCAAUUUCACGUAAACGAAAUGGCCAAUUUUUUUUUCAUGUAAUUUUAUGAGGAGAUUCUGAUUUGGGGAUGGUUUGAAACUGGCCAAUUCAGCUGCUAUAGGCUAAAGGGAGCAGUUCUUGAUAAGGUGUUAAGAGAAAACCAGGAUUCCUGGUUACCAGAAUUCUAUUGGAAUGCAGUUUAUAAUGAGCGGCAGGCCUUCGGAGUCCUAUGCUGUCUCCAUUUUGAGAUCAAUAACUCCGAAUCUUAGCAUAACUAAGCACAAAGGCCAAGCUGGGAAGAUAGCUGUUAUAGGUGGUUGUCGAGAAUACACUGGCGCACCGUACUUUUCAGCUAUAUCAGCCUUAAAAAUUGGUGCAGAUUUGUCUCAUGUAUUUUGCACCAAAGAUGCUGCUCCAAUUAUAAAGAGCUACAGCCCCGAGUUAAUUGUUCAUCCUAUUCUAGAAGAAUCUUUCAAUAUUAGGGAUGAGGAAAAGGAUUUAAUAUCAACCAAAGUGAUUGGAGAAGUUGAGAAAUGGAUGGAGAGGUUUGAUUGUUUAGUUGUCGGGCCAGGCCUCGGAAGGGACCGGUUUCUUCUGGAAUGUGUGAGCAUCAUUAUGAAGCAUGCACGGGAGUGUGAUGUCCCAAUGGUCAUAGACGGGGAUGGGCUAUUUCUUGUGAUGAACUCUCUUGAAAUAAUUGCCGGUUAUCCUUUAGCUGUCCUAACCCCCAACAGAAACGAGUAUAAACGGCUCAUUAGAACGGUACUAGAGACUGAAGUUGAUGAACAAGAUUCAGCGAGGCAAAUACAAGCCCUUGCUACAGCGAUUGGCAAUGUUACAAUUUUACGUAAAGGGGAAAGCGAUGUCAUCAGUGAUGGUAAAACAGUUUGUGCUGUAAAUAUUUAUGGCUCUCCUCGACGUUGUGGUGGCCAGGGUGAUGUACUUUCAGGAAGUGUUGCGGUGUUUCUAUCUUGGGCGCGGCACUGUGCUGCCAACGGGGAACUGACGAUGAACCCCAUCGUAUCGGGGUGCAUUGCUGGAUCAGCUCUAGUGAGAAAAGCCGCGGCCCUUGCCUUUGAGCACAAGAGAAGAUCGACCGUGACUGGUGAUAUCAUCAUCUGUUUGGGGAAAAGUUUGGACGAUAUCUGUCCCGUGCGAUGAAACACUACUUUCGUGGUUGCAUUCUCCAAACGCGUUUUUCAGGCCAAAGACCUUGUGUGAAGCAUGCACAAGGUGAAAGUUUUGGCCUUGCAAAUAUUAUGUACCAUUUUUGCUAGUCUUGAUACCCCCUGUAAGAAAAGCAGUUUUUGAGAGAAAGCUAGAAUAGCAAUAAGUUUUUCCUUUGAGGCCAUAAAUAUGAAUGAUCAAUAAAGUUACAUGAACUGAUAGAUAUCCAGGUCUAAAGUCAUUCAGUGUCUUAUGUAAAACUUGUAAUUUUUAUCUAACAGUUAUUGUAUUUUGACUUGAAAAUUAAAGGAAAAUUACCUAUGUUGAAUUUUUCCUUCCA